AUCGAGAAGCUUCUAUUUAUAAUGUAUUGCUGCAAAAGCUCGAAUGAGCUCGCUGUCAGGCGCUGAGGCUGGAAUCAAAUGACCUGCGUUCAUUCCUGUAGUAACGCUGUGACGCGCGCUGUGUGAAGCGCAUUUCUCCGGCGCUCGCGAGAGGAGCUCAGCAUUAACAUGUACCAGACCGCUGUUCUGCACUGAAAUACUGUCGGAUAUUUUUUUUUCAAACAGCGGGCUCGUUCUCUUAUUUACAGAAUAGACGUGAUUACGGGAGACGAUGCCUGAAGAAAAAGUGUUUCACCAGCAGGCUGUUCACAGUCCCCUGGAGCAGCAGAAGGGACAGCGGCAGAGCGGCUCCAUCCCGUGUCAAAACUGUGGCAAGCCCUGCAAAGGCGAGGUGCUCCGGGUGCAGAACAAACACUUCCAUAUCAAGUGCUUUGUCUGCAAAGUUUGUGGAUGUGACUUGGCUCAGGGAGGCUUUUUUGUGCGUCAGGGUGAGUAUAUCUGCACUGUGGAUUAUCAGCGACUCUAUGGCACCCGCUGCUUCAGUUGUGAAGAGUUCAUUGAAGGGGAAGUUGUGUCCGCCCUGGGCAAGACGUACCAUCCUCGCUGCUUUGUCUGUGCCAUCUGCAAGCAGCCAUUUCCAGCUGGGGGCCGUGUGACGUUUAAUGGAAAGGAGUGUGUUUGUGAGAAAUGCACUCAGCCAGUCAACAGCACGGCACCCCCACAGGCUGUGCACAAUUGCUGUGGCUGUGGAAAGGAGUUUAAAAAUGAGCAGUCUCUGGUGGCGUUGGACAAGCACUGGCAUCUUGGCUGCUUCAAGUGCAAAGUGUGCAAUAAAGUGCUAAAUGCAGAAUAUAUCAGCAAGGACGGGAUCCCCUUCUGUGAGGCAGACUACCAUGCCAUGUUCGGCAUCCAGUGUGAAACCUGCAAGAAAUACAUCACUGGAAAAGUACUUGAGGCUGGAGAAAAACAGUAUCAUCCCACAUGUGCCAGAUGUGCACGUUGUGACAAGAUGUUUGGGGAGGGGGAGGAGAUGUACCUGCAAGGUUCUUCCAUUUGGCAUCCUCCUUGCAGACAGGCAGCGCGUAUGGAGGAAAAGAGUAAGGUGACGAGAACCUCUUCUGAGAGCAUCACCUCUGCUCCUGCCUCCAGUGCAUCGGGCUCCCCUAGCAGAGUUAUCUAUGCAAAGCUGGGUGAUGAACUUCUGGACUACAAGGACCUGGCUGCUCUUCCUAAAAUCAAAGCGAUCUACAACAUUGACAGACCUGACAUGCUCUCAUACUCUCCCUAUGUUAGCUACCCUGUGGAGGAUAGGACUUUUGGAGAGUCACCACAGCAACUCACCCCUACUCCAACUGAGGGAGAUGGGGAAAAGUCCCCCCGGCAGAGGAGGCCCUCCAGCCCCAGCUCCAACAGCUCUGUAGGGGGUUAUGGCCGCUAUACGCCUUCCCGCUCACCUCAGACCUACAGCAGACCAGAGCAAUAUCUGAGUGUCAAAUACACCACUCAUCCAGAAAAUGCCAACUUGUUGGCUGUUCCAACUUCGGGGAGGAGUAGUGUCCUUGGUAGUGCCAGAGGCUCCUCCCCACUACCUUUGUACAGCGGCAGUGGUAGAAACACACCACAGGAAGGGAGCGGUGGCGUGGCCCUGCCCCUCAACCCCACUACUCUGGCUUUGCUUCAACAGCACAACUACAUCCCUUACUUCAGAGGAAUUGAGACAGGAUUCAAACAGGAAGCAAAGUCUGAAAGUAGGCCUAGGACAGCCCUGCACCUCAAUUUGUCUUCUUAUGGUAGUGAAAGUGGUCGGAGUACCCCCAGUCUCUCCACCUACUCUGAUGGCAAAUCUCCUUCCUCAACAUACGUGGCAGCACCACGACAUUUCCAUAUCCCAGAGACUAAAGUCAAAGAUAAUAUCUAUAGAAAGCCCCCUAUCUACAAACAGCAUGCUUCCAGAACCUCCUGGCAAGAUGGUGAUGACGUAGACAGAAAGACCAGAACAAGUUGGAUGAACCUGAAGAGUGAGAUGGAUAGACAGUCUCCAGAUCUGGACUCCAGGACCUCCACCCACAGCUUACCCACAGAUAUUUCUCAAACCAACUUUCCAUACAGUAAGUCUGCUUCGCUGCCAGGAUAUGGGCGGAAUGGCAUCUACAAGGCAGCUGAUCUUGGCGAGGAUGAGGGCGAUCAUGACUCAUCCUGGAGUGGAAUGAGAGAGUACAAGGUCUACCCCUAUGACAUGCUUGCUGUGACCCACAGAGUCAGAGUAAAAUUACCACGGGAUGUCGACCGCACCAGACUGGAGAGGCACCUGUCACCUGAGGACUUCUACAAUGUGUUUGGGAUGACCAUUGAACAGUUUGACCGUUUGGCCUUGUGGAAGAAAAAUGACCUUAAGAAGAAAGCCCGCUUGUUUUAACAUACGCUGAAUCGCUUGAAGGAAAGCAAAGAUCAAGAGAAAACCUCUUCUCAUCCGUCCUGUGUGCAUGGAGGGAUGAGUGUGAGAGAAAUAUAUAUGCACCUCUGUUCUGCUGCAUAGCUACUGUCAUCCCAUCUCACGCUGAGGAAGAGGCAGCGCUUUCACAAUGCUGUUUGCCACAUAGCUCCGUUCGUGAACGCCACACCACAUGGCCUGAAUGUUACUCUGAUGAUGGAGAGUCAGAACUGAAUUCUUUACUGUUCUCCUUGUUUUUCUCUUUUGAUUGUCUUUGAUCUUGCUCCCUUGGCUGUCUUUGUGAUUACUGCGUUGUAUUCUCUCUUUGUGGAAAAAACACUCAAUAUUGAUAUAAGCCACUUUCUUUACAUUUUAUACCGUUGAUAAACAUGGCCAACCAGCUUUACUUCUAAGUCUUUUUGUUAUGUAAUAAUAUCAAUCAUCCCCUCUCCCCUUGUCUUUAUUUUUGACUGCAAUGAAUGUUGCCCAGCGUUUAAAGGGUUACUCCACCGCAAAAUGAACAUUUUGUCAUUAAUCACUUACCCCCAUGUCAUUCCAAA